UAUAAAUUAAUGUUGUAUAAUAUUAUGUUAUAUCAUAAGGAGUAAUAUGCUAGAUUACAAGAGUUAGAAAUAUUUAAUAUCUUCAACUUUGUGCAUCCACUGAUCUUCAACUAUAAAUGAAAGGCGCGCAAAAGUGAGCAAAUUAUAAGCGUCUUCAAGAGAAUAACACUUAAUUUGAAGCAAUGGCUCCAACAAUACUACAAGUUGCACAAGGCCUAUCUCUAAUGGCCUCUCUCCUCCUCCUCCCUCUUUUCUAUUUCCUUGUUAUCACCAAAAGAACUUCAUCUCACAAAACCAAGCUCCCCCCUUCCCCUCCGAAGCUUCCUCUCAUAGGAAACCUCCACCAACUCGGUUCGCUCCCUCAUCGUUCUCUCGCCUCUCUCUCGAAGAAGUAUGGCCCCCUCAUGCUUCUCCGAAUUGGCGAAAUCCCUACGCUUGUCGUCUCCUCAGCCGACAUGGCGCGCGAGAUCAUGAAGACCCAUGACCUGUGUUUUGCGAGCCGACCUGCAACGAAGAUCACGGAGAUCCUCCUCUACAACAACAGGAACUUGGCUUCCUCGCCUUACGGUGAGUAUUGGAGGAAUGUGAGAAAGCUCUGCACCAUUCACCUCCUAAGUGCGAAAAGAGUGCAGUCUUAUCAUCUCAUGAGGGAGGAGGAAGUCGCGUUCAUGAUAGAAAAGAUAAGACAGCAUUGUUCUUCACCUACAACAAUAGAUAUGAGCGAAGUUCUAUACUCUUUCGCAAAUGAUAUGAUAUGUAGGGUGGUUUCGGGUAAGCUCUUUAGAAGAGGGCGACGAAACGAACUCUUCCAUGAGCUUCUUGAGGAGAAUUCUUAUCUUGCAAGGGCAUUUAAUAUAGAGGACUACUUCCCUUGCUUAGCGUGGUUGGGUGUGUUCUUCGGGUUGAGUUCGAGGGCGAAAAGGAACUUCAAGAGAUGGGAUGAUUUACUUGAUGAGGUGAUUGAGGAGCAUGAGAAUGGGAACGAUGAUGGGGAAGAGGACUUCGUCGAUGUGCUGCUCUCUCUUCAGAAAGGUUCAAAUUUGGAUUUCGAGUUGGAGAAAGAUCACAUAAAAGCAAUUUUGGUGGAUAUGUUUGGUGCAGGAACGGAGACAACCUUUAUAACCCUAGAAUGGGCCAUGGCGGAGAUUGUUCGGAACUGCGAAGUAAUGAAAAAGCUACAAGAUGAGGUGAGAGGGAUUGUCGGCGAAAAUCGAAUGGUUGGAGAGUAUGAGUUGAACGCGAUGACCUACUUGAAGGCCGUGGUUAAAGAAACCUUGCGGUUGCACCCUCCAGCUACACUAUUAGUUCCGAGAGAAUCACUCGAUGAUUGCUACAUAAAAGACUAUUUUGUUCCAAAGAAAACUCAAGUGUUCGUCAACGGAUGGGCUAUCAAUAGGGACCCCGAAUUUUGGGAGGAACCAGAUGAGUUCCGUCCCGAGAGGUUUAUCGAUAGCUCGGUGGAUUUCAAAGGUCACGAUUUCCAGUUCAUUCCCUUCGGGGCAGGUCGAAGGAUAUGUCCCGGAAUGCAAUUUGCCGUGUUGGAUGUCGAGCUCGCGUUGGCUAAUCUUGUUCAUCGGUUCGAGUGGGAGUUGCCUCUUGGAUUGAGAAGAGAGGAAUUGGAUAUGAGUGAGAAACCUGGAUUUUUGACUCCUCGGGCCGAAAAACUUCACUUAGUUGCAAAACCUUGUUUGCCGUAGAAAGUUGUUGUUAUCCAAAUUAAAUGAUGGUACCAUUCUCUCUGGAAUGAGCUUGUUGUAGUAUGUUGCUUGGAAUGUAUGUAAAAUCUUCGUAUUGGCGAAUAAAAUUAAAAAUUAAUUUGAA